CCCGAAUAAGGGUUUCUUCGUUUUGCCAAAAAAAACUCAGAAUUACAAACCCUAAUCUCACUCCAGCUCAGAAAGAGUGUAGGUGUGUAGGCCCUGCUGAAGAGUUUGAGCUUGGGGAAGCUGGAGAGACAGAGGGAGGAGAGAUGGACGCGAUGAGGAAACAGCUGGAUGUGCUCAUGGGAGCCAAUCGGAACGGCGACGUUACGGAGGUGAAUCGCAAGUACUACGAUCGUGAUGUGUGUCGCAUGUACUUGGUUGGCCUUUGCCCCCAUGAACUCUUCCAAUUAACGAAAAUGGAUAUGGGGCCAUGUCCUAAGGUCCAUUCACUGCAGCUGAGGAAAGAAUAUGAAGAGGCAAGGGCAAAGGGUAUUGAUAACUAUGACAGAGAGUUGGAGGAUGUUAUAGAUCGGCUCAUUGUUGAGUGUGAUAAAAAAAUCAGCAGAGCUCUUAAGCGUCUUGAGGCUGAGGAUGCAAAGGCUGCUAUUGCAAUAUCGGUCUCUGAGGUCACACAGUCACCAGAGAUAAUUGAGUUAUCAAAGCAGAUCAAGGAGAAGUUGAAAGAAGCUGAUAAAUAUGAUCUUGAAGGCAAGACAGAUUUUAAGAUUCAAGCUUUGGAAGAGGUGGAAAAACUUAGAAGUGAAAGAGCAGAGAAGCAGUCUGCACUCCUUUUGGAAGCCUUCAACAAAGAUAGGGCGUCUUUGCCUCAACCAUUGCCAAACCCACCUCCAUUGGCACCCUUGCCUGUACCCACUCCUGAUCCUCGUACCCAGGAAAUGAUUAAUGAGAAGCUGAAGAAGGCAGAGGAUCUUGGUGAGCAAGGAAUGGUAGAUGAGGCUCAAAAGGCUUUGGAAGAGGCCGAGGCACUUAAGAAGCUUCCUGCAAGGCAAGAGCCUACGUUGGAUUCCUCCAAGUAUACUGCUGCUGAUGUCCGCAUUACUGAUCAGAAGUUGCGUGUUUGUGACAUUUGUGGAGCCUUUUUGAGCGUAUAUGACAGCGAUCGACGUUUAGCAGACCAUUUUGGAGGGAAGCUUCAUCUAGGCUAUAUGCAAAUCCGUGAGAAACUCACUGAGCUUCAGAAAAUGGUUAAGCAGGGAUUGCAGAAAAGGAAUGUAGUGAAAAUACUGAAAAUUCAUCAUAUCCUUAGUUGAUUUCUCAUUUUCCAUCAGUUAAUAUAUGAUUAUAAUUUUUUCCCAUUUGAAGGAAAUGGCUCAAACUGAUGGAUUGUGUUAAGUGGGAUAAAUCUAUUGUUUGACCUAUCCUGUCUUUUGGAAGUCCUUAAGUUGGUCUUGUGGUUAUGUUGGUUCUGGUGCUUGUAUAAUGUUUCACAUUAUCCUAUAUAGAUUCCCUGUUAGUAUGCAUCUGUGUGUUUUUCUUACCCGGAGAAGAAUAAUUUCUUAAUUUCCCCCUUUUUAGAUUUGACAGAUGUUGGACUUUAAGACAGAAAUAACUAUGUAAAAAAAAAUUGUCUUAUUCAUAUUGGUGGUGACACUAACCAUGCAUCAUAUCCAGUCUGAUAAUUGUCAAUGCAUGUCAUGCAAUACUAGAAAGUGCUUCCUCUUCUAAUUUUGCCAGGGUGGGCAAAGGAUCAUCUGUUAUGUGCAGCCUGAUUGUGUGGGUUAGAACUAAUUAAGGGUCCCAAUCAUACUGUUUAAAUACAAGCUGGCUUCCUUGAAGGUUGUGCUGUAUUCAAAAGAUUGUCAUGAAUACAUUUUGUUGAAUUCAUUCUAGAACUUGGUUGGCAAUGUUGAUUUGUUAUCGGCAUUAGAAAUUUCUUUGAGAUGUCUGAUUCUGAAAGUCUUGUGCAAUUUGGCAUCUAAGGUGGAAUAAUAGGAAAUCGAGAGGGGAAAAUGCUACAAAAAGACCUAGUAACUUAAAUCCUCUUGAUGUAUUUUAAGGCCAAUUGCUUUUGAAUUUGUGCAGAUUACUUUUUGUGUGCAUGCGUGUGUAUCAACAGUUGCAUGUAUGUGUUGUUGAGAAAGGAGAGUUUGUUUGGAUGCUGUGUAGAGGUAUUUGCAAUGGUUUUGAGCUGCUUUGCUGUUAAAAAAGGUGGCACAUUCCAUUGGGUUCAAUGGAAUAGAGCUUGCUGAUGAUGCCUUCUUUUGUAAAACUUGUUCUGGUUGCCUUUUAUGAAUUCUACUCUUUAGCUCAACUGGAGUGGUAGUUCAUGUUUUAAAGAAUGGCCUUCAUUAAAUUUGUCAGGAAGAGAGAAACAAGCUCCUCAAAGGUGAUCGGUGUGAUGAUCGAAG